AUGCUUUCUCAGAAGGCACUCAGCUACGGAAAUCGAAGUAAACAACCUGUCUACAUAAGCUACUCGGCGACGGUGGUGCCGCCGCAGGGCAGCCUGCACUUCUACAGCGCCAGCAAGCACGCAGUUCGCGCUCUCACCGAGGGGCUGCGCCACGAGCUGGGCGACUGCAGCAGCGCCAUCAGAGUCUCCAGCGUGUCUCCUGGACUGGUGAAGACAGACAUCUACACGGCAGCCCUAGGGCCUGAGUUCUCCGAACAGGUGUUCGCUGACAAACCGCACCUCUUGCCGCAGGACAUAGCUUCGCUCGUCUCCUACCUGCUGUCUGCACCACCACACGUCCAGGUACAUGAUAUAAUUGUGAAACCACUUGGUGAGAAGAUAUAG